UUACUUACCGAACUCGGAAUCCAGUGUUCCUCCAUUCAUUCUGGAUUGGACCCGCUAGCUCGAAACGAAGCUAUCAAACAGUUCACUGCCAAUCGCAUCAGAGUUCUGCUGGUCACGGACGUUGCUGCCCGGGGUGUUGAUAUCCCUCUUUUGGACAAUGUGAUCAACUUCCAUUUUCCUCCUCAACCAAAGUUAUUUCUCCACCGUGUCGGUCGUGUCGCACGAGCUGGUCGUUCCGGUAUGGCAUACUCUUUGAUCGAUCCCGAUGAAUUGCCGUACUUGUUAGACGUCUUUGUGUUCUUGGGUAGAAGCCUGGAGUUUACCUUUCCAGAGAAUGGACAACCGGCAAACGACUCUCUUGGCCGACCUCCACGAACAUUGACAAGUAAUGCGGGCAACCUAACGCAACAACUGAUUACGACGAAUGCAAAUUUGACUAUAUUCGAAGCUAUGGGUCGUGAUGCCAACCCCGAGGCGUUCGAUAUGAUGAUGAAGAAGCGCAAACUCCAUGAGUCUUUGAUCGCCGAACACGCCGCCCGACAAAUUAGGUUGAAAGUUCGUGAGGCGAACAAGCCCGAGAUCAUCAAACGUACCGCCAAUCUAUCAGGAUCCAGUGCACCGCUCGGUACGGGUGUGAACGAGGACGAAGAUGAUCUACAAAAUACCGAUCUUUUUGUUCCGUAUUUCCGAGGUAACGAAGCUCAAGAGCGCGGCUUGUCAGUUGGAGUCCCUGGAAAUCAGUUCGCUGUAGAUGCGGCAAACGCCUCACUCGAUCUGCUAAAUGAUGAACAUAGUCAGACAAUACACCCAGUUGGUUACAAAAAGCGCAAACUCGUAUGGGAUCGACGGCGGAAACGUUUUGUGGAUUCAGAAGCGGCCGAGGGCAAAGCGAAUUUGAAGCGUAUUAAAACGGAAAGUGGUGUUUGGAUUCCGGCAUCCUACAAGACAGACAAGUACACUCAGUGGCUUAAGCGCACUCAAGUAGAUCGAGUCUCUGCAGAAGCUGCUGCCGCUAAUGAGGAAACCGACGAUCAAGCUUACGGCACAACUACAACAUUUUCAGCUCGCUUUGGUGGUGUCGUGGAAUUCCCCGAUGAACCAAAAGAAAAUGCGAAAAUCUCGAAGAGACAGCAAAACAGAGAAGCAAAAUCGAGUAGAGAUUCUAAGAAGACAGGAUCCACCGGUAAUGGAAACAGUGAUGGAGGGGAAAAGAGGGAUCCAGGAUUCACCAAACAACCCGCCGGGAUUCAGGUCUUAGGCACAAAACCAUGGUUCAAACGGGCCGAGGCCAAACAACAUCGAAGGGCUAGAGCCGCUGCGGAAGCGCAGAAGAUUCGUCAACCCAAAGGUAGUCGUACCUUUGGUCAGCUGCGACGCCCGGAACAGGUGCUCAAACAGAAACGUUUGCGUGCGAAGCAGCAAAUGAAGAAAAAGCACAAAGGUCAGAAACCAGGUGGAAAACGACACGGCCCGCCAGCCAUGGGUCGUAAGAAGGCACCCUUCAAACGUCGGAAGUGA